AUGAAAGGCCCCGAGUUUAGCCCGGAAAAGAAAAGAAGGGUUAAGAUACCAGUGAAGAGGCUUCGUGAGGUAGUGUCUCCAAAUCAGGGAGAUAAUUUGGCUUUGCUGAAGGAUGAGUUGUCCGGUGUUCCUCCAACGUUGUCUGCAAACAAACAUCUUCCUUUUAGAACGGGGACUAGCUUGAAUGGAACGUUACAUGGUGCAUCAGACUUAACUUCUGCUAGAAAUGAUCACAAGCCUCCAUUGGAAAAUCCCCCUGUGUCAGAAAGUGGUUUUUCUAAAGAUGUUGCAGUUCAAAGGUUGCCUUUGGAUAAAGCAGAAGAGAACAAUAGACAAAAAGCAAAUGACAUCUUUAUUUCUCAGUAUGCCACGGGACAGAGAGAUGCUCUAAGAGCGGUUUUAAAACAAAAAGCUCAAAGCAUGCCCGUCUAUAAGGAAGUAAAGGUGCAGCUUUUCGAGGAUGCAGGCACUGAAAAGGACGCGGUUGCUCAGGAGGCUAGAACUUCACCCAGUGGCAUUGAUUCAGCUACAACUGUGGCUGCAGCAACUGCCGCCGCCAUUGCAACGGCUGCUCCACUGAUAAAAGUGCAGAGUGAUUUGGAAGCAAAGGUCAAUUCUGUUACAGAAUUACUCAAUAAGUUACAGGAGACUGAUAAACAGUUACAACGUGUUACAGAGCAGCAAACAAGCAUUCAGAAUAAACAUGAGACACUACAUUGUCAUGCUCAUGAAAAGCAAAUGAAUGUGUUUAUGGAGCAGCACAUUAGGCAUCUUGAAAAACUACAACAACAACAAAUAGAUAUUCAGACUCAUUUCAUUAGUGCUGCACUCAAGACUAGUUUUCAGCCUGUUACUGUGCCUCCUCCUAGAGCAGUGGAAAACUGUUCUGUGAAACCAGACCAUCCUAAUCUUGGUAGCAGUAAUCUACCUUCACGUAAUGCAUUUGGUUCUAAACAAGUGUCUUCAAGAGAAGUUGAAGAUACAGGUUUUGAUAAACAGAAAUCUCCUUUGGAGACGCCAGCACCUCGAAAGUUUGCUCCUAUACCUGUUUCAAAGGAUGAUAAAAUAUCAAAAAGGGAAAAUCCUGUGGAAGAAAAAGAAAAUAUGGAGAUAGCAGGUCAUACAGGAACUAUAAGACUAUUGGAACAAAUUUUGAAUAAUCAAGAUACUUUUACAAGAAUAAGUGAAUCUUCAGACAAAACCUCACUAACUAGGUCUAAAGUAGGAUGGAAUCCUGAGAAGAAAGACAGCACUGAUGCUCUAUUCUCUCUAAGAUUUCCUUCCUGUGAAGAACUAGGAACAGCUAAAGUGACUGUGCAGAAGUCCGAUAAUGUUCUUCAUGAUCUUGGCCAAAAGAGGAGAGAAACAAAUGGCAUAUUCCAGACCAACGAAUCUCUGAUUAUGUCAAAGCUUGGUGAUCUUCCACAGAAUUCCAUUAAGCUUCAGACAACCAGUACGAAAUCCAUAUUGAAAGAAGCUGAGAAGAUUUUGAGAGGAGUACAAAACAAUAAAAAACUACUUGAAGAAAACCUGGAAGCUAUUGUCCGUGCAAAAGAUGGAACUUCCAUGUAUUCAUUUAUCAACGCUCUAUCUAGCGACAGAGAGAUGUCAGAGAAGAUUCGGAUCAAAAAGACAGUGGAUGAGUGGAUUAAAACUAUUUCUGCAGAAAUUCAGGAUGAACUGGCAAAAAAAGACUAUGAACAAAAGAUUUUUGAUCAGAAGAAUCAAUGGACCAAGAAAGCUCAGAAUGUGAGUAAAGAUAUUAAAACCAAUAAGCAAAGCAAAACAAUAAAUAAUUCUGUAAUUCCAAGAAAACAUUGUCAAAAACAAAAAGAGGAGCACUUUAGAAAUCCACCUAUGAGGAGCACGCCUGCUUCAAGUUUACAGAAAGAGAGAAAAGAGGGUUUUUUGAAAACAACCACAGCGAUGCAAAAUGAAGAUUAUAUGUUACAAAUUUAUGGAAAACCAGUUUAUCAGUGCCAUCGCAGCACUCUUAAAAAAGGACCAUAUCUCAGAUUUAAUUCUCCAUCUCCCAAGUCCAAACCACAGAGACCAAAAGUAAUAGAACGAGUUAAAGGCACUAAAGUAAAGUCAAUAAGAACACAAACUGACUUUUAUGCAACGAAACCCAAGAAGAUAGAAUCUAAACUGCAACAUUCCGUUGCUACGCUGCCUCCUGGUGAUCAGCAGUAUUUGUUCAGCCCAAGCAGAGAAAUGCCUGCUGUUUCAGGCACACUGGAAGGUCAUCUAAUUCCUAUGGCAGUUCUUUUAGGACAAACCCAAAGUAAUAGUGAUUCCAUGCCACCUGCUGGAGUAAUUGUAAACAAGCCGCACCCUGUAACAGUGACUACUUCUAUUCCUCCAUCAACUCGAAAAACAGGAACUGGAAUAAAGAAACCAAACAUAGCAGUUGUAGAAAUGAAGUCAGAAAAAAAGGAUCCUCCUCAGCUUACUGUACAGGUAUUACCCAAUGUAGAUAUUGACAGCAUUUCAAAUGGCAGCAUUGAUGUCAGUCCAUCUCUUACUAGUCCCAGUCAAGCAUCUCCUCCUCCUCUGAACACCUGGAUUCGGACUCCAGAAUUAAUGAAGGUGGAUGAAGAAGAGAUGAAGUUUCCAGGAACUGACUUUGAUGAAGUAAUUGAUGUUAUACAGGAAGAGGAAAAAUGUGAUGAAAUUCCAGAAUAUUCUGAACCAAUUUUGGAGUUUAAUAGAAGUGUUAAAGUUGCUUCUACAAAAUAUAAUGGUCCUCCGUUUCCACCAGUUGCUUCUGCUUUACAGCCCACUGCUGAUAUUCUGGAUCAAGUAAUUCAGAGAAAAGAAACAUUGGAAAAUAGUUUAAUUCAGUGGGUAGAACAAGAAAUAAUGUCAAGAAUGAUCUCUGGGCUCAUUCCAAACCAACAACAAGCUAUAGCUAAUGACAGUGUUUCAGCCAGUGAGGCAAGCGAACCAUCGACUUCUGACGUCGUGGAAGGAACAAGCAGUGGUGUCCUCCAGCUUUUUGUUGAUGCUGGGGUUCCUGUGAAUUCAGACAUGAUUAGUCAUUUUGUGAAUGAAGCUCUUGCCGAGACCAUUGAUGUCAUGCUGGGUGACAGAGAAGCAAAGAAGCAAGAUCCUGUUGCUACAAGUGUUUCUGGGGAUGUUUCAACAAGUAAAACAUACUUGCAGGCAAGAGUAUGUACCCCAGUGGCUACCCCACAGCCAACUCCUCCUCACUCACCUUCACCUCCUAAGGAGUAUGUGUUGCUGAAAACUCCAGAUUCUUCUCCCUGUGAUUCAGAUCAUGAUACAGCUUUUCCUGUGAAGGAAAUAAUUGCUGAAAAAGGAAAUGACAUGCCUACUGUCACACUUGUUAACACUCCGGCGGUUACCCCUGCUACGACACCCCUGCCUGCAGCUGCUCUUACCCCAACCUUGUCAGAAAUGUCCGUUGAUAAAGUGGAGCUGUCAAGCCCAGAGCUUCCCAAGCCAUGGGGUGAUGGAGACCUGCCACUGGAAGAGGAGAAUCCCAGCUCUCUUCAAGAAGAACUUCCCCCGAGAGCUAUUGUAAUGUCUGUGGCCAAAGAUGAGGAACCUGAGAGUAUGGAUUUCCCCACCGAACCUGUUCCUCCAAAGCCAGUUCCCUUGAUACCUCUUCCUGCUAGUACCAAGGCCCCGUCCCCCAUGCUGACGCCAAGUUCUGAUUCCUCGACAAUGGAGAGCACCUUGAGCAUUACUGUCACUGAAACUGAAAGACCCAUCUCUGAAGGAGAGAUUUUAUUUGGCUGUGGUCAAAAAGCGGCUCCCAAGAUUUUAGGAGACGGAGGACUGUAUCUGACAAACCUAAGUGAUAGCUUAUCCAGUACGCUGCGCGACGCCCAUGAUAUGGAAGAGGAUCCUCCCAGUGAAGGACAAGUGAUUAGAAUGCCCCAUAAAAAAUUUCCUGGAGAUGCCCUUUUUUCUCUUCUUGCUAAACAAAACCAGGAAUCAGUGGUUUCACAGCAAGCCGCCUAUCAUUCAGAGGACUUGGAAAGCAGUUUGGGUGAGGGACAAAGACCCAGACUGAUAGCAGCAGUUGAGAACUUAAUGGGACAUCCUGUCUACAAGCAACAGCCUGUUGCUGAUGCAGAGUCUUUGGAUAAGAAAUGUGCUCUUAAGCCUUUAUCUCAGCAAUUUGACACAGUUACAGGUGAUGGUUUUGAAGAUUCAUGUGUUAGUCACGGUCCAAUGAGUUUGAAAGAAUUGGGAUUGCAACCAGAUUCUCAUCUUGCUCUUCCCACAACACUUCUGACAGCACAAGAAAAUGAUGUUAAAUUGUCAGUAGCAGCUGGAGAUUUUUCUCAGUACCAGCAAAAGCAAUACCAAGAUGUUAAGCAAGUUGAACACAAGCCAGCACAAACUCAUAUAAUACGUGUAAGAAAUAAAGCUGAUAUUUCACUUGCAGAGCAACAAGCUUCACCAGGUGAUACGGAUCGGACACAAAUUGAGCCCAGCCUGUACCUUGCAUCUGUGUUUACAGGCAGUAAAGCACCAGUGCCCCUCUUCACUUCUCAGAUGUCACCCACCAGGAUGUCCGUGACGCUGCCCUCAGUGAACCCGGAGGACUGCGCUCCGUCUCUGAGCGGCAGCAGCGCCCAGGGGGACGCAGAGUCCUCGGGCACAGACACCUUCUGAGGGGGUUGAGAGCCACUGCGAGAUCUGUGCCACUGGUUCUGAGGUCGUUCUUCUCUGGCAUAAAACUCCCUCUCAGACUAUUUUGGUCUUUGAGUAUAUUCUGGAAAAUUAUUUCCAAAUUUUAUUAAA